AUGGAUGCCCGGGGCCUCGCGGUGCAGCUCUCCGAACUGGAGCGCUACCGCGCGCAUCAUCUGCUCGGCGGCCAGCUGCUGCGCCAGCUCCGAAAAGUGGCCCCAGGCGCCCGGUCUCCCACGCUGUCGCUGGUCUGGGCGGCUCCCUAUGCAUCCCCCCAGCCCAAGCCAAGCACGGAGCAGCGGCUGCUGCUCCAGCUCUAUGGGGCAAGGCAGUGGAGCAUUUGCCCUGGCCCUUGCCAGCGGCUGAUGCUGCGGCGGGGAGAUGCCCUCUACAUGCCCCCAGGCACGGAGCACGUGGCGCUGCCGGGGCCGGCGCUGUCGGCGCAUCUGCUGCUGCGCUUCCAGCCUCUGACACUGCGCGAGCUGAUGCUGGCGGCCGGCGCUAGUGGCUUCGCAGGCCCCGCUGCCUUCCGGCCUUUGCCGCUCUGGAACCCCCAGCCUCCACUUGCGGAGCUGUGCUUGCAGCUUUCCUGGCAGCGCGGGCACGCCUGCCAGGAGGACCGCCUGCGCAUCGCCCUGCAGCGCCUCGUCCUUGGCGCCGCGCCCCGUCCAAAGGGACCUCCCACGCCCAAAGCGGCGAUCGUUUCGGCAGUGCCAGCGCCGGCGCCUGAAGCGGAGGUGGUGAAACAGGAGCCCGCGGGUCGUCAAAGGAGGCGGCGAGAGCUUCUUUUCCUGGCGAUGCUGUGGCCCGUGCUAAUCCUGGUGACCAUCCUCGCAUUUCUGUGCUGUUCCGCUGGUGGCGGCAAUGUCCGCUCUGAGGAUGCAGCGGCAAAGAAGCGACAGUGA